UAUCUAGAUUGCAGCUGACAAGAAGCGGUCACGUGACUGGUUGUAAACACAACUUGCUCAUUCACUCGAGGCAAACACCCUUUUGAAUUUCAGCUGGUCAAACAAGUUUCCUUCCCUUUCAACUCCUACUUUUUUUUUCCCAACCCCUGACUUCGGUUAAUUUGAAUAAGAAUGUCAUAACCACACGUACUAAAUCAUAGCCACACCACAACCACGGUAAGCCCACAAACCAGGGGAAAGAGCGGACAAAAAUCAACUCUGCUAAAGACACGGGAACGGACCUCGCAAAGCAAGAUGAACCUCUGCAAAGUGGGACUGCCUGUUUCUCUGGAUAACAAUGAUUUCAGAAGGUUGCUUCCUUUCUUUAUGGCUGUCUGCAUCUACACAAUCGUCAAUUCGAUUCCCUCGGCACCACUUUGGGUGAAAGGAUUGAGCAAAAUCCUGCCACUCAUCUGCCUGUGUGUCUUUAUUCUGAAUCAUGGGAAAGACUUCAUCAGUAAACGCCGCAGGGUUCAGAGAUUGCUCCUCGCUCUCCUCUUCUCAGCAGCAGGAGAUGUGCUUCUGCUCAUGAACAAUACAAAGAUCUUCAUUGUCGGUGCGGCCAUGUUUGCCCUGGCUCACUGUCUCUACACCUGGGCCUUUGGCUUCGAGCCGCUGAACAUGAAGGCAGGAGGCGUGAUCGGCGUGGCGGUGAUGCUGGGCUUGACUUUCCUCAGCACCUGCUCCACCAUCUACCAGGUGCUCCUGCUGUGCUGCUACUGUUCCCUGAUCGGCCUCAUGUCCUGGCGGGCCAACGCUCCCGUACUCUUCUGCAGCCACAGGCCGCCACCACGAGUGACCGGGGCAAUGGGAGCCUGGCUCUUUAUGGUGUCAGACUUUGUCCUGGCCACCAACCUGCUGUGUUUCACCGUGCCCUUUCAGAAUCCCAUCGUGAUGGGCACUUACUACAUGGCACAACUGUUCAUUACCCUGGGCAUAGUGAAGGAGAAUGAAAAGAUUGACUAGAUCGCCCCUGUUUAGUUACUGUGAUGGAGAUUGUUCCACUGAGGAGGUUUUGGCAUUAUUCAGCAAACACCAUUAGAUCAUAAGUGUUUGGGGCAGAAUUAGGCCAUUCGGCCCAUCAAGUCGACUCCACCAUUCAGUCAUGGCUGAUCUAUCUCUCCCUCCUAACCCCAUUCUCCUGCCUCCUCCCCCAUAACCCCUGACACCCGCACUAAUCAAGAAUCUAUCAAUCUCUGCUUUAAAAUUAUCCACUGACUUGGCCUCCACAGCCUUCUGUGGCAAAGAAAUCCACAGAUUCACCACCAUUGAGUUACAGAUAUUCAGUAAAUCCUCGUUAUAAUGAACCAA